AGUUCUCAGAGUUACAAUCUAAGGAUCCGUAAAAGUUCGAAAAAUCCCAAUUCAUCGUUUCAGUGGUCUUGGUUUCGUGGUGGGUUCUAAUGUGGCAAGCCUGCUAAACUCGUGGCAGUGGGGUGUACGUGUAACUGCAUUGGCUGGACUCGUUGUGUUGGUGUUACUCGUUCUUGUCGUUGAUGAACCUAAACGAGGUGCAGCCGAAAUCACCGAAGGCGCACACAUUCAUGGAGAAAUCUCGACGUCGUACUGGAAGGACGUCAAAUCGCUGGCUUGCACGCCCUCAUUUGUUACAUGCACAUGGGCGUAUACAGCACUGCUCUUUGUCACAGGCACAUUGACAUGGUGGGAGCCGACAAUCAUCGCGCACUCUAUAGCAUGGACACAGGGCCUGAACGACACUCGUCUUCUUCCCAGCAGUAAAAAAGACCAAGUCGGCUUAAUCUUCGGAGCAAUCACUACUGCAUCCGGUAUCAUUGGAGUGUCAAUGGGAACUCUUCUGUCUGGUUUGAUCAGAAGCGGGCGAGGCGUUUUCCGCCCUCUGAAGACGGAACGUGCCCAGCCAAUUAUAUCUGGACUGGGGGCUCUCCUAGCUGCACCGCUACUGCUUUUAAUUUUCCUUUUUGGUCAUAAGAGCAUUUUAGCGCUAUGGAUUUUGAUGUUCUUUGGUAUCACGUUCCUCUGUUUCAACUGGGGCUUGAACGUCGAUAUGUUGAUGAGCGUCAUAGUGCCUUCACGCCGAAGUACCGCCUUCUCAUACUUCAUGCUGAUAUCUCACCUGUUCGGAGAUGCCACAGGUCCUUACAUUAUCGGAGCGGUUUCGGACGCGAUUCGUGGCUCAGUGAAAACUCCUGAGACGCAGUACCUUUCACUAGUCAAGGCCUGUGCCGUUACAGUAGUAUUGCUCUGCCUAUCAGCUGCACUGUACUUCGUCUGUGCUGCGGUAUUGGUUAGAGAUCAACACAAAUUUAAAAAGGAGAUGGGACUCCUGAAUGGUUCAUUGAAGAAGCCGGCCUCAGAGAGUUCUUCCAAUGAAAGGCUCAACCGACUGCCAGAUGACGAAGAUGUUGAAACGGCAGAGCAACGAUUAUGA